CCCCGGGGCUGCGGCAGCGCCCGGCGGGCGGCUCGGGGCGCUGUGGGGCUGCGGCAGCCGCGGCCCGGCCCGGGACGGCUCCGUCCCGGCCGCCUUCCCGUCCCGGCCGCCGCCAUGGCGCUGUGCGGGGCUCUCCACAGCUUCCUCUUCGAGUACGACACCCCGCGCAUCGUGCUGAUCCGGAGCCGCAAAGUGGGGCUCAUCAACCGCGCCGUGCAGCUCGGCAUCCUCGCCUAUGUGAUCGGGUGGGUUUUUCUGUGGGAAAAGGGUUACCAGGAAACAGACUCUGUGGUCAGUUCUGUAACCACGAAGGUCAAGGGUGUAACACUGACAAACACAUCCACCCUGGGGGCCAGGAUCUGGGAUGUAGCUGAUUAUGUCAUCCCUCCUCAGGGUGAGAACACUGUGUUUGUCAUGACCAAUGUGAUCCUUACACUGAACCAGAGCCAAGGCCACUGCCCGGAGCUCCCAGACGAUCAAACAAAGUGCGAGGUGAAGAACAACUGUGUUCCAGGAUAUGUCAGCACCCACAGCAGUGGCAUCCAGACUGGGGAGUGUGUUCCAUACAACAACAGCAUCAAGACCUGUGAAGUCUUUGCGUGGUGCCCUGUGGAGGAUGACUAUCACAUACCCAAGCCAGCGUUCCUGCGAGAAGCUGAGAACUUCACCCUUCUGGUGAAGAACAACAUUUGGUACCGCAAGUUCAACUUCAGCAAGCGAAACAUCCUCCCCACUAUCAACUCCACCUACCUCAAGAACUGCGUCUAUGAUGCCCAGACUGAUCCCUUCUGCCCCAUCUUCCGUUUAGGGAAAAUAGUUGAAGCUGCAGGGCAGGACUUCCAGGAAAUGGCUGUGGAGGGUGGAGUGAUGGCACUGCAGAUCAACUGGGACUGCAACCUGGACAGAGCUGCUUCCCACUGUGUGCCAAAGUAUUCCUUCCGGCGCCUCGACAACAAGGACUCUGCCCACACCGUCUCACCCGGCUACAACUUCAGGUUUGCAAAAUACUACAGGAAUAGUGAUGGCACUGAAUCACGGACACUUGUCAAAGCUUAUGGCAUCCGCUUUGAUAUCAUAGUGUUUGGAAAGGCAGGAAAAUUUGAUGUCAUUCCUACCAUGAUUAACAUCGGCUCUGGCUUAGCGCUGUUUGGUGUGGCAACAGUGCUGUGUGACAUUGUUGUUCUGUAUUGCAUGAAGAAGAGAUACUUCUAUCGGGAGAAGAAGUACAAAUAUGUGGAGGAUUAUGAACUGGGAGUUGGUGACACAUAUGGAACAGACCCCUGAGCUCCUGGUGCUGCAGGACCAACUGCUGCUCUAAAGCGCUGCUGGGAACAUUUCUUGACCCUGCCAUGAGACCACCCCCUCCCUGCUGGAAGUGGGGAACCAAACUGAGAAAGGGACAAUCUUCACUACUCUUUACUACUUGGGAGCCAGUCCCAGGGUGAACAACUGGGUCUGCUCCUUGUCUGCUGUCUUUCCAGGUUAUUUGCACUAAACACAGAGGGAAAACUGUACUUUAUGCCAGACCUCUGCACUGGCUGAGCCUGGGACAGAGACAGCUCUGGCAUCAUCAUUUUGCCAGUCCUGUCCCUGAGCUCACUGAUAGCAGAGGGCACAGGACAAAAGGCACAGAUUCUUCCUUAGAUUGAUCAUUGCCAUUGCCAGGAGGUGCCUAACCUUGGGACAGCAGCUCCUUGCUGUUGUCACUUUUCUUUCCCUGAAGGAUUGUGAACAUUAGCUGAGCCAGUACCUACUAUUUCACUGGGGUUUUCAAGCUCCAGUGGCCACGGACCAAGAUGAAGCAGAGUCUGAUUCCAUUGUGCUGUGAUAAAUGGCUUACUGGUUACAGAACUUUUCUUCUGUUUUGUCUAAUUUUUAUGCUCUUACUUUAAAAUUUACUUUAAUAAAAUACUACCUUCCCUCAGCCCUCUUGAAGUUCUGCA